AUGGAAACAGCAAACAUGAGCUUUCCCAAAGCUUUUCUGUUGCUGGGCUUCUCAGAGUUUCCCUGGCUGGAGAGGCCCCUCUUUGCAGUGGUCCUGGUCUCCUACAUCCUCACCCUUCUGGGGAACAGCUCCAUCAUCCUCCUCUCCCUGUUGGACUCCAGACUCCAGACACCAAUGUACUUCUUCCUGGACAACCUCUCUCUUCUGGACCUCAGUGUGACCUGCACCAUUGUUCCCCAGCUGUUGGCCAACCUCUGGGGAGCAGAUAAGACCAUUGCUGCCUGGGGAUGCAUCAUACAGGCCUAUAUUUUUACCUGGACUGCUGGUGCUGAAUGCUUCUUGCUGGCCAUGAUGGCCAUUGAUCGCUAUGUGGCCAUCUGCCGGCCCCUCCGGUACACUCUCAUCAUGCAUCCCUGGGUCUGUGUGCAAAUGGCAGUUGCCUCCUGGUCCAUUAGCCUGGCCAAUUCUCUGCUCCAAACCACACUCACCCUCCAGCUCCCCCUCUGUGGUCACCACACCCUGGACCACUUUUUCUGUGAGGUCCCUGUGCUCAUCAAGCUGGCCUGUGAGGACACCUUUGCUAAUGAGCUGACCCUGGCUAUAGGAGCCAUCCCAAUUGGAAUGCUGACUCCCCUAAUGGUGCUCAUCUCCUACACUUUCAUUGCCAGGGCUGUACUGAAGCUGCCUUCAGCUGAAGGAAGGCGCAAGGCUCUCAGCACCUGCAGUUCCCACUUGCUGGUGGUCACCAUGUACUUUGGACCAGGCAUCUACAUGUACCUCCAGCCUUCAGCCAAGAGUUCUCAGGCCAAGUUCAUGUCUUUUUUCUACAGUGUUAUCUCCCCAGUGCUUAAUCCACUCAUCUACACUGUGAGAAACCAAGAUGUGAAGACAGCAGUGAAGAGGAUCCUGCAAUCCCAGAGUGGGUUUAAGUGUUUAAAAGCCAAUGGUCUUUGUCUGCCAUCUGUAGCAACCAAAUGCACACCUGAAUAA